AUGCUGAAGGGGUCCCACUGGCCAGACUGCUACUAUGCCGACAUAGAGCUGCAUGACCCCAAGCUGCAGGCGAACCGCCAGGUCUCCUUGCCGUUUUUGCUUCCCCAUGAAAUUCUGGGGAAGCUUUUUGAAUUUGGUGACUCAGCCUGGAUCCUGAGCCAGGAUGUGCUGCAAGAGGAUGCUGAGCUGAUUGAGAAGUUUUCUUUGUCGUGCCAGCCAGCGAGAGAUCCAGCGACAAUUCUGCCACUGGGGCUCUGGAAUGGCGGGGUGCCUUGCAAUUGGGACAGGUCCCAAAGCUUGGAAGUUAUAGCUCUAAGUUUCCCAUCCGUUCCUGGCCUUCGAGUGCCGCUGUUCUGUCUGAAGAAGAUGUUUGAAGCCAAGAAGUGUACCAUGGAUGCAGCCAUGAAGGUUUUGGUGUGGAGUUUCGAGCAGCUGGCUCUUGGAAGGUAUCCUUCUCGAAAGCAUGAUGGCAGCCCCUUCGAUUUACGGGUCGACAAGGCACGUCUUCGUCUAGCUGGGUCAGAUUUGCCAGUUGCAUGUUUGACACAAAUCAGGGGCGACUGGAAAAUGUUCAAGGUCAUCAGGUUGGAUUGGCUGCAUAUUAUGGAUUUGGGUUGUGCUGCAGAUGCUGCUGGGAACGUUCUGUACCACCUGCAAAGCAAGAUGCCUGGUUCAAAUAUUACCAAGCGAACUGGGGAGCUCUACAAAGAGAUUUCGCAGGAGUACAAGAACCAGGGUGUCGCAUCCGAUCGACUGGCCACAUUGACAGAGACCAUGUAUCGCAAGGAAGCUGGAAAAGCCCCAAAGCUCAAAGCCAAAGGUGCAGAAACCAGAAAGUUGAUACCUAUUUUGGAUGCUGUGUGCCGAAAGUUUUUGGACAGCUCAGGGGAUCUGGAUUCUGCAGUUUUGGCUUGCAUCUCUUUGCUUUUGGCAUGCUAUGCUGCUCUGGAUGUCGAGCCCUACGACCCCAGCCUCAUGGAGCGAGAGGUCAAAAGGUUUGCUUUGCAGUAUGUGUCUUUGAGGGAUCACUUUGGUGACAAUAUCGCCUGGCGAGUUAAACCGAAGCUUCACCUCCUCCUGCACCUUUCGCAGAGCCCUACAUGUCCAAAGGACAUCUGGUGCUAUAGAGAUGAAGAUUUCGGAGGAGCUACUGCAGCCAUGGUAAGGGCCAAAGGCGGCCACAACACUCCGGGAAACUCUUCCCAGCUUGUCCUGGACAAGUUCAAAGCCAGAAACACCCUGCCUGUGCUGGCUGCUUGA